CGUCUAGCGAUUCCGUCUGAGAAACGGACGCGGACGUUUAUCGGACGUUGUUAUGCGUUUCUCAGCUGGUUUUCAGCUGGUUUACAGACGUAUAUAGACGUUCAUAGACGUUGACAGACGGAGCUGGCCGUUUUAGACUUUGGACAUGUUCAAAGUUUCCAACGUCCAGCUAACGAUCGCGAUGGACGGUUCUCAAACGUUACUCACACGUUUGUUGGCCGUUUUCACCGUUAUUCAGACGGAACAUUACCGGUGUUUAGACUGUACACGGCCGUUAGGCAGACGGACAGUUCGUCUACCUACAGCCAAGGAACGCAUUAAACGUCCAUGGAACGGUUAAACCGACAAGAAAACAGCCGAAUAACGUCAAAGAAACGUCCACUCAACGAACACUCGACCGCCCGAAGACCGUUUAAGUAACGGUAGAAACGGAUGGAUACGGAUUGAGGAACGUCUAUUAACGUCUAAUAAAGUCUAAAUAACGGUCGAAACGAACGUAAAACGUUUGAGAAACGACUUGACAACGAUUAAGAUUGGCGGGUUCUAGCUGACAAAGUUUUGGGCCUGCAUACUCUUCAUUUACUCAUCCGCUUUCAAUCGGAAUGGAUGACUAUUCAGAUGAGGUGGCACUUAUGCAGGCACAGCUUGAUGUGCAAGUUGCCAGAAUAAAUCUUUAUACAUAUGCUGUUCAAAGACAAAGGGCAAGGCUCAGACAGCAGAAGAAGCGAAGGCGCAGAUUCUGGUUUCGCCCAUGGCUUGGCAUCGAGAGGCGGAGGAGUUUUGGUCUUUACGACCAGUUGAUGGUCGAGCUGCGAGCUGAAGAUCACAAUUCCUUCUGCAAUUUCAUGCGGAUGCCACCGGAUAUGUUCAGUGAGAUCCUUCGCAGAGUCGGACCAAGAAUCACCAAGAAGCAUACAUGGUUCAGGGCCCCUAUUGAGCCUGGAAUGAAGUUAGCUAUAACACUUCGACAUUUGGCAUCAGGGGCCAAGUAUAUGGACAUGCGCUACGGAUGGAGGGUUCCGCAUAACACAAUCUCAAAAAUUGUGAGAGAGGUUUGUGGGGCGAUCGUGGAUGAGUACAUGAACGAAGUGAUGGCAGUGCCAACAUCACCUGAAGAGUGGAGGGUCAUCGCAGAUGGCUUUCGCACAAAAUGGAACUUCCCUCACACGCUUGGUGCAUUGGAUGGUAAACAUGUUGCAGUUCGGUGUCCACCAAAGUCUGGUUCAACGUACUUCAAUUACAAGAAGUUUUUUUCCAUAGUGUUGCUAGCUCUGGUAGAUGCGGAUUACAAGAUUAUCUGGGCCGACAUUGGAGGUCGUGGGGCAGCAUCAGAUGCCCAGAUCUGGAACGAUUCCGAUUUGAAAGAGGCAACAGAGUCUGGAGAAAUCAACCAUCCCCCGCCAGAUCCUCUUCCAAAUGACACUCAGUCCGUCGAUUGGUUCUAUAUAGGUGAUGAUGCGUUCGGUUUACGCAACUUCAUGCAGAAACCGUUUUCCCAAAGAAGUCUCACCAGAGAAGAACGUAUCUUCAACUACCGGCUGUCGAGGGCUCGCAGGGUGUCAGAAAAUGCGUUUGGGAUCCUUGCAAACAGAUUUCAGGUUAUGCUGACCACAAUGCAGCAUGACCCUGCGACUGUGCGUCUGAUCACUACUACUUGUAUCGUGCUUCACAACCUCAUGAGGACAAGAUACCCGACAAUGCAAAACCAGCUUGUUGACCGAGAGGAUGCCAACCACCAGCUCAUCCCCGGAGCAUGGAGACAGGACCGCCAUAUGGAAGACUGUGUCACUGUCCAGGGGCCAAACACAGGCAACAAGGAGGGCAAGCGGCUGCGCAAUCUCAUCAAACACUGGGUAAACUCUGAUGCAGGAGAAGUGUCAUGGCAGGACAACAUGAUUUAAAGGACAUAUUUCCCAUUAUAUUGCUAAUUGUGAAAAGUAGUAUUAUUGAAAUAAAAAAUACAAAGCCUGCCAAAAUAAGAAAGUAGUUUUUUCUUUAUCUACACUCCACCCCAUACACAAACAACAUCAAAGAUACAAGCAAAUAAUUGUAAUUUUAAUGCAAAUUAUUUAACUGUUAUUUACAGAUAUUUCAACAAAGUCCAGAAUGUAAUAUGUUCUUGCUUAUAAUCACACAUUAAUAAAUGU